AUGCUGCAACAACCUCAUACUGACCCUCUGGUGAUCACCCUCAAAAUUGGGCAAAUGAAAUUCAAGAGGGUACUCGUAGAUACUGGGAGCACGGCUGAUCUCAUAACAAUGGAAUGCCUGAGAAAAAUGAAGUUCAAAGAAAAGCACUUACAACCCCUCGACAAACCGCUGAUCGGGUUUGGGGGAAGUCAGAACCGUGCCCAUGCGAUUCACGGUGGUGGAUCUCACCUUUCCCUACAACCCUAUCAUGGGGCUCCACUCAUCAACAAAAUCAAAGCCGCGAUCUUCCCUCAUCAACUCCUGCUACAAUUCGAGCGGGAUGAUGGACAAGUGGGUAUCCUCAAAAACGAGGAGCUUCCAUCACCCCCUCCAAAAAGGGAAAGGGAAGAAGACUCCCCGACUGUCAUGAAUGUGUAUCUGGAGAACCCUAAUACGCACGAAAGGCCUCCCCCCGUAGAACGAUACGAGGAGGUGGACAUAUUUGAAGGAAAACGCAUCAAAGUAGGAAAAGAUCUCUUUGGCCUAGUCAAACAAGAUAUCAUGGCCACCCUUACUGAGUUCCGCGACGUCUUUGCUUUUUCCACGGAAGAAAUGUCUGGCAUUCCUACAAGUGUCAUGUGCCAUAAACUAGAUAUAAAACCAGGCUACAAACCCGUGAAACAAAAGCUGCGACAUCAAGAAAGAGAGCGGAUAGAGGCCGCCCGAGAAGAAGUGGAGAAAUUGCUGAGAGCCGGAUUCAUCAAAGUUGGCAAAUACUCCGAUUGGCUCUCAAACGUCGUCCUCGUGAAAAAAUCAAAUGGCAAGUGGAGGAUGUGCGUUGACUUCACGGAUCUGAACAAAGCAUGCCCCAAGGAUGAUUAUCCUCUUCCAAAGAUAGAUCGUUUGGUAGAUUCCAUAGCAGGCCACGCUCUAUUGAGUUUCAUGGAUGCUAACGCUGGCUACCAUCAGAUUCCCUUGGCCGCAGAAGACCAGCCACACACGGCCUUCAUUACGAAUGCUGGAGUAUACUAA